AUGGAUGGCAAAAGUUCUGUGUAUGAUUACACCGUUGCUCAAUGUCCUUCUGUAGUAGGAUGCUUGUGGACUGUCACAGAUGGAGAAAUCGAUCGUUACUUUAUGGCUUUAGUUGAUCUAUGUUUUUCCUCCGAUGGCAAUCGCACAUUGACUGGAACAGAUGGUGCUGACAGUCGUCUUCGAGUGAUCGUUGAAGCUAUGCACCGAGCGAGGAGUAGAUGUAAAUUACCGUACUUGACAGGCGCAUCUGUUGUCUCAUAUGGUAUACCUGUAAUUGCUAUGGAAUAA